UAGUUAUUGUUGUUUAAUAUAAAAUUGAAAUAUUACUGAAAUAUGUCAUAUCGAAUUAUAUACGUUUUGAACUACAGAAAAAGAUUUUUAAAUUCGAUUUACGAAACGUAUUAUAUUAUUGUUAAUUGCAUUUAUGACUUAAUUGCUAAUAUAAUAAAUAGUUUUUUAAAUGGAACAAAAAAGCUGUUUUACUUGCAAGAAGAUAAGUAUUAGUAUAAAAUUAUAAUUAUUGAAUGCGUCACUGAAUAUAAAAAUUUCUAUAAGAGAAAAUAAGUGAAAUGCAAUGCAUGACAAACAUUUUAUAACAUUUUAACUUUAUAAUUAUCAUUUUUUCUAUUCUUAUAUUUCAGGUUAAAUUAAACAUAAGCGUCAUAAAUAAUAAUCGAAAUUUAAUAUGUAAAAAUGAGCGGUGGAGUAGUUCCAAAGUUAUGGCAAAAUUGUAAAAGUGACAGUAAUGAAAAACAGAAUUACAAGAAGAAGUCGAGGUGUUGCAUUUGUAUUGUUUCUUAAUCCAGAGGAUGCUAUUAGUUGCGCGAAAAACUUAAAUAACACAGAGAUAGGUGGUCGUACAAUAAAAAGUUCCAUAGCAGUAGAUAAUGGAAGGAGUACUGAAUUUAUACGUCGCAGAGAUUAUCCAGAUAAAUCUCAAUGUUAUGAAUGUGGUGAAGAAGGACACUUAUCAUACAAUUGUAGGAACAAUACAUUAGGACCAAGAAAUCCACCAUUAAAAAAGAUUAGAAUUAGAAAAAAACAUAAAGCUAAUACUCACCAAACAAGCGAUUUUAAUAAAAAUAGUGACAAUGAAUCAGCAGAGGAUAAUUGGGAUGAAGAAGUAGAAACAUUAAGCGCUGCUAUUGCGUUAGAGCAAAGACAAAAAGAAUUAGAAAAUAAUCACCGAUUAGGGAAUAAGGGAUAUGAGGAGGAAAGUAAAUCAGUUCAUAAAUCUGGCAAAAGAUAUAAAAAGAACCAAUAUUUUAGCGAUGAAGAAGAUUUUAGUGAAUAAGUAAAUGUAAUAAAAUAAUAUAAGAAUAAAAAAUUAUGAUAUAAUAAAGUUUAAAGAAUGUUUAAUAUUAAGUUUGUAAAAUAUUGUUUGUAUAUAGAUUUGUAAAUUGACAACUCAUUGACUUGUGUAGAAAUUGAAAUAAAUUUAUAACAUCAA